UUGGUUGCAAACCUCCACAUCUAUCAUCAAUGCCACCAUCCCUUUGCUAAAGGUCAAGCUGAUAGUCUUUUGUGGUGGGAAAAUCUCCCAAUUAGUGUGGAGGAGUAUCCACUCAAAGCACUCAUGAUCACUCUUCUUUCCAUUGUCCCACAUGCAGGUGACAUUGAGCAGCUGUUCUUAGACAUCGGCAGCACUCAAUCAGUGAAGUGCUGCAAUCUUUCAGCUACAACCUUCAAAACAAUUGCAAAAAUC